AUGCGCGUGUGCGCGCCCGCCUGUGUGGCUGGGGCGCUGGGAGGCUGGGGGACUGUUUAUUGCUACAGUGUGGCAGCCCAGGGCCCCCGCCUGUGCCCAGCCUAGCUGGGAGCCCCGGCCUGCACCACGGACGGUACCCAGGAAGCCAGAGUGCCCCUGGAAGGGGCCUUCUGGAUCCCCAGGCGCCCGGCUGGGUCCCCCAAAGGCUGCUUCGCCUGCGUGUCCAAGCCCCUGGCCCUGCAGGUUCCUGCGGCCCCGGGCCCUGAGCCCCUGGCCUCCCCACCCAUGGCACCAACCCUCUUCCCCAUGGAGUCCAAGAGCAGCAAGACGGACAGCGUGCGGGCCGCAGGCGCCCCUCCAGGCUGCAAACACUUGGCUGAGAAGAAGACCAUGACCAACCCCACCACAGUCAUAGAGAUCUACCCGGACACUGCGGAGGUGAAUGACUACUACCUGUGGUCCAUCUUCAACUUCGUAUACCUCAACUUCUGCUGCCUGGGCUUCAUCGCCCUGGCCUACUCUCUCAAAGUCCGAGACAAGAAGCUUCUCAAUGACCUGAACGGGGCCGUGGAGGACGCCAAGACGGCCCGGCUGUUCAACAUCACCAGCUCCGCACUGGCCGCCUCCUGCAUCGUGCUCAUCUUCAUCUUCCUGCGCUACCCGCUCACGGACUACUGAGGGCCAGGGUGGGGCCGCGGGACGCCUGAGACAGCCCUGCGUGAUGGCUCUCAGGGUCCAGGGGGUUCCCGAUGCCGUGAUGAUGGGCUGACCAUGGUGUGGGCUCUAGGGCCGAUGACCUAAGGCUGUGACCCGGGCAGACAGGCCAUUGGGAGCUAAACCAGUGAGGGGCAGUGAGUACCACCCCUACCCCCGGCCUGCCUUCUCUGCUCCCGCCCUUUCCUAGGGCCCAGUUCUCCCUUCUCCUGGCUGCCCGCUGGCUUUCUCUGGCUGCCCCCUCCCCGGUCCCCCAGGGCCCGUUAGACCCCUCACCCCCCAGCAAGAAGGGCUUAUAUGGAGCUGCCUGUAUGGGGAGCUGCCAGCAUUGGGGGAUUCCCACCCGUUCCCCAUCCUGCCUCCUCCAAACUGUGACCCCCGCUCAGAGCUCUUGUAUCUGUGGACUUCCAAUAAAACGCUGUCCAGCUCCA